CUGUCUCGCGCGUCCCGCUAAGCCCUGCCAGCUUCCGUAGAUUCUCGAGCGCGUGCGUGACGCAGCAGCGUCCAACGGUCAGAAGAAUUUUCACAGAGGCAAGAUGGCGACUUCGGAGCCGGUAAGAGGGAGCGGGCUUCUUUCAUUUAGGGCUUCCCAGCGACCAGAAAUGCGAGGAACUGAAAAUGAAAACGAAAACGAAGAAGGCCGUGCUGAUAGUCCUACGACUGCUGCUGCUGCUGUGACAAGUCCUGAACAGUACAUCAAACACCCUUUGCAACACAGAUGGGCUCUCUGGUAUUUCAAAAAUGACAAGAGCAAAAGUUGGACAGAAAAUCUGCGUCUCAUCUCCAAGUUUGACACAGUGGAAGAUUUCUGGGCAUUAUACAAUCACAUACAGCAGCCCAGUAAGCUUGGAUUUGGCUGUGACUACUGUUUAUUUAAGCUCAGUUUGCGAUGUCAACUUCAUACUGACUGUCCGUGUUGUUUGCAGCUGUUGUGUUUAAUCGGAGAGUCCUUCGAUGAGGCCAGUGAAGACGUGUGUGGAGCUGUGGUCAAUGUCAGGCCAAAGGGGGAUAAAAUAUCCAUCUGGACGGGCAACUGCCAAAACAGGGACGCUAUCAUGACUAUAGGGCAACAGUACAAAGAGCGUUUGAGUAUCCCAAUCAAAACCCUCAUCGGAUACCAGUCACAUGACGACACCUCUAGCAAAAGUGGCUCUACAACAAAGAACAUGUACUCAGUUUGAAGAAAACUAAUUUCAGCUCAUUGUAGGUUUAUAAAAUUUCAAAUUUGCAUCACAUUAAUACUUUUGAGUUGUCUGCUACUGUAGUGUCCUUCCUUUUUAAGAAAAGAAAAAAAUAAGUCAAAUAUG